AUGGCGUCGGUUUGCAGUAGACUAUUGCGCAGCAGUUCUUAUCUUUUGAGACCAAACUCUUGUCAUUCUGGGUAUCUGGAAGGGUUUGGAGGAAACAUUUUACGAAGAUGGAGCACAACUGUUACAACAGAGCAAAGAGUACUAAAACUGGAAGAAGAGGAAGGAAAUCAGAUUUCGGAGGACAAAAUUGCAAACAUUCAGCAUGAAUAUGAUGCAGCAAAACGACGGUUUCUUAAAAUUCCUGAUGCAUUAAAAGAAAUGCCUAGAUUGGAUCCUAAAGGCAUUUAUGUAAAUAAGAACUUGAGGUUGGAUGAUAUACAAGUAUAUGGGUUUGACUAUGACUACACGCUGGCUCAUUACUCUUCCAAUCUACAAAGCUUAAUAUAUGAUCUCGCCAAAGAGUAUUUGGUUAAUGAGCUUAGAUAUCCAGAUAGCUGCUUGAAGUUUAAAUACGAUCACAAAUUUCCAAUAAGAGGGUUGUAUUAUGACAAGUCGAAAGGGUGUCUUAUGAAGCUGGAUUUCUUUGGGUCAAUUGAACCUGAUGGGUGCUACUUUGGAAGGCGCAAGCUUAGCCGAUCAGAAAUAAAUAAUAUGUAUGGCACACGUCAUAUUGGUCGUGAUCAAGCACGUGGACUUGUUGGUUUGAUGGACUUCUUUUGCUUCAGUGAGGCUUGCCUUAUUGCUGAUAUUGUUCAACAUUUUGUUGAGGCUGAGCUGGAAUUUGAUGCUAGUUAUGUCUACCAAGACGUGAAUCGAGCAAUUCAACAUGUUCAUCGAAGUGGCUUAGCUCAUAGAGGAAUUCUUGCUGAUCCACAUAAAUACCUUGUAAAGAAUGGUCAGCUAUUACGCUUUUUAAGGAUGCUAAGAGAGAAAGGGAAGAAACUUUUCAUGUUGACCAACUCUCCCUAUUAUUUUGUGGAUGGAGGGAUGCGCUUUAUGUUGGAGGAUUCUUUGGGAUACCUAGACUCCUGGAGGGAACUUUUUGAUGUCGUUAUUGCUAAAGCCAACAAACCAGAGUUUUACACAUCUGAGCAUCCAUUUCGCUGUUAUGAUGUGGAGAAGGACACCUUGGCUUUUUCGAAGGUGGAUGCUUUUCUUCCGAACAAAAUUUACUACCAUGGAUGCCUGAAGACUUUUUUGCAAAUAACUAAGUGGAAUGGUCCAGAGGUGAUAUACUUUGGGGAUCACCUAUUUAGUGACUUGAGAGGGCCUUCGAAAGCAGGGUGGCGUACUGCUGCCAUUAUCCACGAAUUGGAAAAUGAGAUACGGAUCCAGAACGAGGAUAGUUAUCGUUUUGAACAGGCGAAGUUUCAUAUAGUACAAGAACUUCUUGGCAAACUGCAUUCCACUGUUUCUAAUAGUGAGAGUGAAGCAUACAAGUCUCUUCUUGUGGAGCUCAACGAAGAGAGGCAGAAGGCACGUUGCACUAUGAAAACCAUGUUUAAUGGGUCAUUUGGAGCUACAUUUCUUACCGACACUGGUCAAGAAUCUGCAUUUAGUUACCACAUCCAUCAAUUUGCCGAUGUUUAUACCAGCAAGCCAGAGAACUUCUUGUUCUAUCCACCAGAAGCAUGGCUUCAUGUACCUUAUGAUAUAAAAAUCAUGCCACACCAUGUGAAGGUUUCGUCAAAUUUGUUCAAGAUUUGA